AUGCUAUCAGAUAGCAAAAAUGAGAACAAAGAGGCACAGGACGUGUGCAAAGCAAAAAGACUGAAAGAUAGUGAAGGACAGGUACUAACCGAAGACACAGGUAAGGGAGAGGUGGAAGGAUACUAUCAACAACUGAUGAAUGUAGAGAGCCCAAGGAAUAAGGGUGACAUCCAGGAUUGUGGAAACUACCGGGACAUCAAACUUACUUCACCCGUGCUAAAGAUGUGGGAAAGAAUUAUAGACAAGAGGCUGUGGAACAGGUUUGACGUAUCGGAGCAGCAAUUCGGCUUCACGCCCAACAGGAGCGCAACGGAUGUAACAUAUGCACUCCGCCAAGUAAUGGAGGAGUACAGAGAGGGGCAAGAAGAGUCGCACUGCAUCUUCAUUGACCUAGAGAAAGCGUACAAUCGGGUCCCGAGGCAGGAAGUGUGGAAUUGUCUGAGGCUAAAGGAGGUGGAAGAGAAAUACAUCAGGCUGGUACAGGAGAUGUAUGAGGGUAACAAGACACUAGUGAGAUGUGCAGCGGGUGACACAGGGGAGUUUGAGGUCACGGUGGGACUGCAUCAAGGCUCAGCGCUUAACCUUUUCUUGUUUGCAGUCAUUAUUAAUUGUGUGACGGGACAGAUGCAGAGGGAGGUCCCGUGGGAUAUGCUAUUUGCAGACGACGUUGUAGUGAGUGCAGAGACAAAGGAGGAGGUAGAACAGAGGCUGGAGUUGUGGAGAGAAGCGAUAGAAGUAAGAGGUAUGAAAGUAACACUUUCUCCCUUUCCUACAAGUGCUCUGUUGCAAGUGCUCUGUUGCAAGUGCUCUGUUACAAGUGCUCUGUUGCAAGUGCUCUGUUACAAGUGCUUUGUUGCAAGUGCUCUGUUGCAAGUGCUCUGUUGCAAGUGCUCUGUUGCAAGUGCUCUGUUGCAAUUCAGGGGCUAA